AUGGCUAUCGCGGCAUGUAAAGGGUCUCAAGAGGCGUGGCCUUGCGAUUGGUUCACGGGAGUCAUGGGCAUGGAUCAGAUAAAUCCUACCCAGCCAAAAAAAUGGUGCCCCAUCGGCGGAUGGUUGAAGUUUGGGUUGAUAGUCGGGUGUAACGAUACAGUUACCGUAUUCCGGAUACUUCGUCGUCUUGCCAAGAGAUGCGCCAAGACAUGGCAUUUUCACGGUUUUACUAUGGACAGUGCUCCUUCAACAACAACAACCACAUACACAGAGGCAUGUGCUGCAGUUGUCUCAAGGGACGCCAGAGUACCCAAGGCAGAAAUCUUUUCCAUCGAGGCUACUCACACUAACCAGCAGUAUACUCACUUGACUAGUGCCUUAUCUCCAAGCCUUGAGGCGCCAGCUCCCGAGUGCCCCCGUAUAACGGUGAUGUGCAUUGAACAAAGGAGAUUCUUUGGAGGAUCGUCAGGCACGAUAGACGUAAAAUUACCACCGUUCCAUACAAAACUUUCCCUCGGGAUAUCAGCGGCGGACCAGUGGGACCGCCAUACGGGGAAUUCUCUACUGACUUGCAUACCUUUUCUUCUGUGGGUCAUGGGUCCAUCAAUGAAUAGGAGACGGGGAGGAAUCGACUGUUUGACUCGGACAUGGGUGGAUACUGGGUGCCAAGGUCAUCGGGCGAAAUUUGGACUGCCUCCAGACAUGGUAGUCACACCCUCAGAUCUUCAUUGCAAAACGGCUUACUCGCAGCGGACAGCCUACGCUUUGAGCCACAAUGUCAUGACAGACCAGUCCGAACCUCAUACGUCCAACAUACAGUCCAACCAUGAAGAUAACGUCGUGCCAAGGAGCAAAGACCACCACAAUCAUACAAUGCGGCCCGAGGCAGAUACACCAAGUACCAUUUCAAAAAGCCAUCUACCAAGUCAUGAGUUAAAGCCGGGAGAUGACCGACGGCCCGUACUUCGCUCUACUAUUGCCAAGCAUGACCUCCCAGCUGGUGGCAUCCUCCAGGUGGGAAGCUUCGGCGAUAUUGGUCUUGGCAGCCCACAUGGCUGGUGGGCUCCGUCGUCGGUGGCUACCGAUACGGGCUCCUGUGAACGGCACAGGGCAGCUUUUAGGACAAUUAGGCAUACGUAUACUUGGUUGGAUCGUUAUUUCCGACUUAUCAAUCUCUUUCCUCUUGGCAAAUCAACCAUAUGGGUCAAUGGUUCGUGGGCGAAAUUCAACGGACCAGUAGAUGGAGUAUGA